AUGGAUGGAUCAGUUGAUGGGUCUUCGCUACCUUCAGAUAUGCAAGCUCUGGAUAACCAGUCUCCUGCUCAACCGUCACUCAAUUCAAAUGUGUCUUCACCAAUUUCACCAAAAAAGUUUAGCUCUCUGGAAGAAGUUUCUCGGUGUUCUUUUCCGGGACAGUCUUGGACAACUUCGUCAAUUGAAACUUCUGGCGAUCAGAUUUUGGUGAACCUUGAUUGGCCUUGUUCUGCUGGCAAUGACCUGAAACCUAUUCCGUCAUCACCAUCUUCUCCAAGUAGAGACCUCGUUCACCACGAGUCUCCGGCUGCACCACUGCCGAACCUAAAUCCGUUCUCGCCACCUCUGCCAAACGAAACCCUAGCGGAUCAUUAUCUGACUCUGUUAUCUUUACCAGCUGAUAAUAAUCAGUUUUUACUUCAUGAUCCAUUUGAACCAAUAUCUGUAAUUAUGCCCGAACCUGAUGUAUCUGCCUUUGAUAGGCAUUUUUUACAACUAGAAAAGGAGAGGAUCAGUCUCUCACUGUUUAGCCCUGAAGAAGAUGAUCCUGAAGAACAUCGACCAUUAUCUGACAUGCAAUGGUGUUCGCAAAAGAAGGAUGGCAUUGCUUAUCCCCCAAGAUCGUAUGAUAGUGAAGAUGAGAUUGUGGAGUGUAAACCAUGGACUCAAUCUCAGUGGAAUGCCAAAGAAUCUAGCUGGUCAAAAGUGCGGGAAUCCAAGGAAGUCAUACCCACCGGUGUGGGUUCAGGGAUUUCAAAUUUAGGCAAUACUUGCUUCAUGAAUUCAAUCCUGCAAUGCUUCACCCACACGGUGCCCCUGGUCGAGGCUCUUCAGACUUACAAUCACCCGAUGCCUUGUAAUAGAGAAGGGUUCUGUGCUAUUUGCAUUCUUCGUGAUCACAUACAAUUAUCUUUACAUUCUUCAGGAGGAGUUAUCUCACCUUCAAGAUUUGUUGACAAUUUGAACAAAUUUUCCCCUUUCUUCCAGAAAUACCAGCAGGAAGAUGCUCAUGAAUUCUUGCAAUCCAUAUUAGAUAAACUUGAACGAUGUUGCUUGGAUUCUGAGAAAAAAGAUGAUAGUUUAUCUUCCCAUGAUAUUAACAUUGUGGAGCAGGUCUUUGGUGGUCGUCUCCUAAGUAGACUUCAGUGCUGCAACUGUGGUCACUACUCCGACACUUAUGAGCCCUCGAUUGGACUUAGUUUGGAGAUUGAAGAAGUGGACGCUCUUCAAAAUGCCCUAUUAUCUUUUACCAGUGUGGAAAAACUUGAAGAUCCAGAGACAAAGUUUAAAUGUGAGAAUUGCAAAGAAACAGUGUUGAAGGAGAAACAACUUAUGGUGGACCGGGCACCUUCAGUUGCCACAUUCCACUUGAAGAGAUUCAAGAAUCAUGGAAUUUUUGUUGAUAAGAUUUAUAAGCAUGUGAAGUUCCCAUUGGAGUUGGACUUGCAACCUUAUACGAGUAGUGAAGAGGUGGAGCUCAAGUAUUACUUGUAUGCAUUUGUGGUGCACGUUGGAAAAUCAUUAACAGAUGGUCAUUACUUCUGCUACGUUCGGUCCUCUCUGAAUACAUGGCACAAAUUGGAUGACUCACAGGUUACCAGGGUUGAAGAAGACUUUGUGCUAUCUCAGGAUGCAUAUAUAUUAUUCUAUGCCAGGCAGGAGACACCAUGGUUUUCAACUAUCUUUGAAGGGAUAAAGCCUAGACUGGAAGCAAACACAAAUUUAUUGCCCAAGUCAGUUAUGGAUUCAGUGAAAAAUGACUUUAAUUCUGAUAAUAGAAUAGGAGAUAAUGAAAAUUAUGAGGUGAAUAAAUCCAGUGACAAUGAAAUGACUGCAAAACUAAAAAAGUGGUCUCAAUUAAUUGAAAUGUCGAACGCUGCUGGGGUUGUUUCUGCCAAGAAUUCUUACAAAUCAAAUCAGAAUAAAGAUGAUGUUCCCAUGAUUCAUGCUUCAUCAGCAUUAAUGGACAGUGAGUAUGAGAUAUCACAAAAUGUGCUGUCUCUUAAAAAGAAUAAUUGGGAUCAGAGGGGUACCAAAGUUUCAAGGAAAAAUAGUUCACCUUCCACACUGCCUGGAUCAGAGAGUUCAGGUGUUCCUCGGGAACACCAAGAAGCAGUUUAUUGCAUUCCGCGAGAUCAUUUGAAAUUAGAGAAGGAAGGGAGUCGAAAGAGACCAUCUGGCAAGGUUCCAUUGGAUAUGAAUACAAGUUUAGCUCUUAGUUGCCCUGAAAAGCACAUCCCUGGAUCAAGGGCGACAAUGCUUUCUACUGAUAUGGAGGUUGGGCAGGAUGGGGACCCCAACAAAAGGAAAAAAUUACAUGCAACGCCAUGCAAAACUUCUAGUCCUCCAUCAGAAGAAAAACCUACGAACGGGGACGAAGUUGAUAUUGAGUUUCUAAUCUUAAAAUUUGAUAAAGCCAAUAAAGGAAGAAAAUGGAGAAGGAUUGAAGAAGUUGGGUCCUACUUUAGAUUCGAGAAGCUUGUUUUUGUGGGAUGCGAACUUAUUGCGUAUAAUGAAGAGAGAAAAAAGGGUGACAGUUUAAGCUUUUCUUUCUCGGCUAAUGAAAGGCGGGGAGAUGGUAAGUUUCUGUCUGAAGCUUGCUUGAAAGUCUAUUCAAUGGCGGUGUGGGAAGACGAGGAAGGAGAUUGGGUGUUGGGAACAGAGAGGAAGGAAUAG